UGUGACUAAGUAAGGGCCGAUUUCUGUGAAAUAUGGCCGCACUUGAUGUUGUUUCACCCAGCACAUUCAAAGCAUUGCAAAAUCUUGACAUUGAGUGUCUUGCUUACCUUAGUGAAAAUGAACUGAGACCAAUUUUGCCGUGUUUAGUGCGGAUGUCCCUUUGCGCCCCCUCUGACAACGGUGAGAGAUGGAUGGAGAGCAAGAAGAGUUUACUUCGUAUUUUGUCUGGAAUCGAAGUUGUCAACAGCGUAGUGCAGUUGUUGUCAGUUGAUUUCCACGAACUAGAAAUAGAUGCCAAAAAAGAACAGCAUUUAAGGACCAAAGCUGGGAGUAGCCAGAGUGAGAGCAUGCUGAUUUCACAGCUCCAGAAUAGUUUGUCCCUUGAAUUUGAGCGUGCUGAUGCGCCAAGGAGGUUACGUCUUGUGCUAAGUGAACUUCUAUUUGUAGUGUCACAGAUGAGAGAAACUAGAACUGAGUUCUACCAUAAACCAUCUGAGUUAUUUGAAUGUGAUGUUUAUUUAGAAGAAGUUGCAGAUGUGAUUUGCAUUGCCCAAGCAGAAUUACCGAGACUUCUUCCAGUGACAGAGGUUGCUGAGGCCAUGCUUCAUGUUAAAAAUGGGCACUUGAUAUUAUGCAGACUGGUAGCUAAUUUACCAGAAUCCUUUUCGGAAGGUAAAGAGAUUUUGUCAUCUAAACUGUGAGGUUAAUUUGUCAAAAAAAUGACUGUGAUAAAAAUGCUGUUGUCUUCAUCAUGUUAAGCUAAAUGUUUGUAGUAUAGCAAGAGUACAAAACCCCAUUCAUAAAC